GCGGUCCCGUCCCGGCUCGAGGGGCAGCAUGUGCGAUCCGGCCGUGUGCAGUUUCCUUACCCAGACUCUGUGCGCCCAUGGCGGGCGGCUGGGGCUGCGGGAGCUGCAGGAGAACGUCGGGCUGUCGGCGCUGCAGCUGGAGAACACUCUGUCGGCAGCGGGCCCCCGGCGGUUCCUGAAGGUGGGGAGCGGCCCAGUGGUCUUGGCCGUGACGGACGUGCGGGUCUGUGUCCGCAAGUUCUGCAAUGGCUGCGAGCGGCUGCACCUCUGCAAGCUGCACCUCAUGGGCAGGUGCCACCAGGGGACCAGCUCUUGUAAGUACUCGCAUGACAUCAUGAAUGCGGAGAACAAAAAAGUUCUAAAAAAACAUGAUUUGUCUAGCCUCAGUGAGAAUGAGCUGCAAGUCCUGCUUCUCCAAAACGAUCCAUUCUUCCUCCCUGAUACCUGCCAGUUUUACAACACAAAAGGUAGUCACUGUAUGCAGCAAAACAACUGCAACAAGCUUCAUGUUUGUCGACACUUUCUCAAGGGGAGUUGUAAAUUUCCUCAAUGCAUAAUGUCCCAUAACCUCUUGGAUGGCCAUGCAAUGAGAGUGUUGGAAACUGGAGGCAUUGAUGAGAAGAUAGCUUCAAACUUCCAGGCCAUAUAUGAUUUCAAGCAUGCCGAAUUCAACAAGGAACAGAAGAAGGUGUAUGUACACAACUACAGACCAAGAAGUGAUUAUAGGAAAAUACCAGCAAUUCCAAGGAUUAAAGAAGUGAAGACAACUUUGGAAACAGUGCAGUGCAUGCUGGAUGUGCCGCCUUCAGAAGGUCCCAGUAGCACCGUACCUGCUCAGAGCCAAGACCAGUUGCCAACAGGAGCAGGAGAUAAAGAUAAAGGUCCCAGUAGCACCGUACCUGCUCAGAGCCAAGACCAGUUGCCAACAGGAGCAGGAGAUAAAGGUAAAAAGGACAGUUCCUCUGAUGAAACUUCAAAGGACAACAAAAAAGAUAACUGUGAUGAGAUCUGUUUGUUUUAUGUCUGGAAGUACUGCAAAAACAAGGAUAAAUGCAAGUCUGUUCAUUACCAUUUGCCAUAUAAAUGGGAGGUACAUGAUGGGUUGUUCUGGAAUGAACUUUCCAUGAUGGAGGAAAUUGAAAAGGCCUAUUGUGACCCAAAGAACAGCAGCUUGCAAAGUAGGAACAUUAAUUUCCAGACAAUGACCUGCUCUUCUUCUUUGGUUCGACGCCUCUCUACACCAUCAUCAGUCACAAAACCCACAUUCCUACUGACCACACAGUGGAUUUGGUACUGGAAGAAUAACCAAGACAAGUGGAUUGAAUAUGGAGAACAGGAAGAAGGGAACAGCGUGACCUCACCAUCUUCUGCUAUUAUUGAGAAUUUGUAUCAAGCAGAUCCAUCUGCCAUUGUACCUUUCCAGGCUGGCCAGCAUCAAUACGAGCUCAAUUUUAAAGAAAUGACUCAGACAAACAUUACUUUUAAGACUCAAAGACAGGUCUGCAGGCGACCAAAAUUUGUCUCGUCUGAAGAUGUUUCCUGUCUGUUUGCAAGCAGCCAGAGGGAUUCUUCAAUUCCUAGUCACUGGGAUGCAUCUGCACUGCCUGACUUGGGAUACAAGGCAGUGGUGAUCAGCAGUGCAACCCCUGAAUACAAUGAAAUAAAGCAGCUGUUUCAUCAGACUAUGAAAAAUUACAGCAUCCUUAAAAUACAGAGGAUUCAGAAUCCAUCCCUCUGGAAGGUGUUUCAGUGGCAAAAAGAGAAGAUGAAAAGGGAAAAUGGAGGAAAGGAAGUCCAGGAAAAGCUCCUGUUCCAUGGAACUGACAUCACCUCUAUGAAAACGAUCUGCACUCAGAACUUCGACUGGAGAAUUUGUGGAAGCAAUGGAACUAACUAUGGAAAGGGAAGUUACUUUGCCAGAGAUGCUCGCUAUUCCCAUGCCUACUGUCGGGCCACGCUGCAGGGACACAUGAUGUUCGUGGCUCGUGUUCUGGUUGGAGAUUAUGUUAAAGGCAAUGCUGACUAUGUUCGUCCCCCAAAGAAGUGUGCUGACAAGCUGUGGUUUUAUGACAGCUGUGUGGAUAAUGAGUUAAAUCCUUCUGUUUUUGUUGUCUUUGAAAAACACCAAAUUUACCCAGAGUACAUAGUAGAGUAUAAAGAGGAGACAAUAAGAGAGCAGAAGGAACCAGCAAUACCAAUAUAUAAAGCGGAGGGAAUAAGACAGCAGAAAGAGGCAGGAAUAAGAGCGUGUAAAGAGGAUGGAAUAGGAGAAGGUAAACAGGAGAAAAGUAAAUGUCUCAUAUCUUAGAGGAGCAUGGCAGUUUAUGCCCCUCGUCUUGUUUUUCGUAUUGCAGGUGUUCUCCUACUUGGUGACUUCUUUCUUUUUAAUACAGUUCUUUGGAAUGUUAAUCCAAACAAUUUUUGCAUUGAGGAGGGCUGGCAAAGCAGAUACUACAUUUGUUGUGACCGUCUUAUCUUCUAUUCCUCUCUUAAAUGAAGCAUAAACAUUUCAGUAACCAUAGCAAAAAAAUCAGAAUUGUGAGAUGGGAAAUUUAAUGUUAUGACUGCUGCGGGUAAAUAAUUGUAAAUGCAUAAUAUAAAAAAAAAUAGAGAGGAUUUAUCUUUGCAAACAGUUAAAAAGAAAAAUUAACAGUACAGUAGUUUUUAAGGAAGCUUUCAAAUUUUUAGUAGCCAGAGAUCCUUUCUGGUACAGAAUUCAUCUGUUCUUGAUCCUCUCAUCUAUCAUUAUUAUACACAAUUCAGUGUAGGUAAUAAUGACUUGAGUUUGUUUGUUAAUGCUGGUAUAUGUUUCGAGUUAAAAUGGUAAACAAAACAAGAAAAAGCGUAUUUUAAAUCCAUGUUGUUGGUUCUCGAGAAUUUUCAUCUGUACAAUGGCAGAUGGAUCAGAAAGCUGAUUCUUUGUGGAAAUUUGCAGUAACUUGCUGUAACCUAUACAAAAGCAGAGCUCAACUGAAGCUGUGAAAGCCACUACAUAUGAGUAAGCAGAUACCAAAAUUUGAUGGUUUGGCUGCAACUAAUGGCUGUAAGGACACAAAGGCUGUGUCCCAACAAGCCAGGCUUUCCAGUAGAUGUCGCCACAUAGCGCAACAGGACAGGAGAAACUCCUUAAGGAGCAUAGAGAUACUCUGUACUGUUGGUGCAGUAUUUUUCGUUUUUCCAGAUGUAGAACGGGACCAAAAGAGAUCAGUUAGUUUCUCUCAAGGCCAGUGGUAGAACUGCUGUCCUAAGGCACCGUCUGCAUGUUCUGCUGACCACUUGCGUGGGGCAGGGUGCUGACAAGUGAGGAUCCUCUUUGUGUUUUGGGGGUGAUCCUGGAUCAGAAACUUGUGCAGUUUCUGCUGGAUGUUAACAGGGAGCCUGUAAGUGGAUCAAACUGAAGACCCUCUGUACAAAAUGCCACAUUCAGGCAGUUAGCUCUUCAGAGGGAAACUGGGAAUGAGGACAGAGGAGCAGUAGUUUUUACCUUCAGACAAGCUUUACAGAAACACCAAUAGCCUCUAAGGUUUUUGCAUCUGUGAUACAAAUCUGUCAACACUCAAAGUUACCAAGUUUUUCCCAAGAGGAACAUAAAAGAUAAAUCCAGAAAAUCUUACUGAAAUUACUUAGAACUAAAUGAAAACACGUGGGGAAGAUUUUAACACUUUAAAGAUCUCUUCUUCUCUUGUUUGCCUGUAGAGUUCCUGAAUUACUAAGCUUGCUCUAUUUGCAAAUAAAACCUGUUUUCAGCACUUUCA